GGUCGCAGACGACACAUGUUUAUCGAUCAUUCAUCCGGGCUUUUUGUACCACGUGAUCAAUAUUGGUGAAGAGCAAAUACAACACAGACAUCAGCCGACUGGGACUCAAAACCGACAGAUUGUUUGCUGAUUUUGCUGAAACAAGGGCGUAUGGAUAGUUAUGCACCGAACAACAAAAAUCAAGAUAACAGAGCUGAACCCACAUUUGAUGUGUGUAUUAUGUGGGGGCUACUACAUUGAUGCCACAACCAUCAUAGAAUGCCUUCAUUCAUUUUGCCGCACAUGCAUUGUUAGAUAUUUAGAGACCAGCAAGUACUGUCCAAUAUGCGAUGUGAUGGUGCAUAAAACAAAACCACAUCUACAUAUCAGGGCAGACCAUACACUUCAAGAUCUUGUUUAUAAGCUUGUACCAGGUCUGUUUAAAAAUGAAAUGAAACAGAGAAGAGUGUUCUUUAAGGACAAUCCCCCUGUACCAGGGUCAAGUCAUACACCAGAAGAAAAGGGUGAUGUUGCAGAGAGUCAGAGGAAUAUAUACACGGAAGAUGAGAACAUCAGCUUAUCACUUGAAUACAGCACAACUGGAAGGCCUCCAGAUGAAAGUGAAGACACACCUACUGAAAAAUGCACUAAGGGUGGUGGGGAUACUAACAAAAUGGUGCCAGAGAAGAGGUAUUUGUUAUGCCCUGCUGCCAUGUCCAUCUACCAUAUCAAGAAGUUUAUCAGGAUGAAAUUUAGCCUGUUACCAUCUCACAAUAUUGUGUUGUUUAAAACUGAUGAACCCCUAAGUGAUGAUUACACUUUAAUGGACAUAGCAUAUAUCUACUCUUGGAGGAGGCGAGGUCCAUUGAGGUUGUUCUACUGUAUAUAUGAGAUUCCAGAGGGAGGCAUCAAACGUCGUAAAUUGAGUCAAGAGACAUCUACUAGCGUCGCUACACCAACACGCUCUUCAACAUCAAAUGGAGAUUCUGCCACUUUGCCGAAAACUACAGACACACCAGAAACAACAGCUACUAGUAAAGAUAUAUCUUCUCCAACAACAGAAGGCACCCCUAUCAGCCACGCCACCAAUGGCUUAGAGACAUCUUCCCAAGUGAAUAACCAUAAAAGUGUCAUCACAAAAGUACCAUGCUCUAAAGAACCAGAUGUAGUUGUUAGUGCAGAAGAUGCCAGGCAGGCUGCAGUAGCCUGUGCUGCCUCCAAGCUCACUGAAGUAGUUUCUUCCCCUCCAAGGCCUCCAAGCCUUGCACCUACAACCUUUGGUGUCUCCUCAGUAAUGAGUACCAAAGCUGCAGAGAGGAAAACUGCGCCAACAACAAAAACAAUAGCCUCUAUGAGAAAUGGUCAAGGAUUAGCAUCGAUGGCAUCAAAACUGAAAACCGUAGCAAUGGCUACAAAGUCACAUGGAGGAUUAUCUGGUCUAAGUUCUAGUACCAAGACCUUAAACUCAAUAACUAAACUAAAUUUGCCAAGGCCAUUGAAUCAUGUAACCCCGCCCUCUCAUGCUACAAACAUGGCUGUCCAACAUCAUAGAGAGGAAUCUCAUCAUAGUGGUCGUGGACUUACAUAUGGGCCAUCUCAACAUUGUGGCGUGACGUCAUUUGGUGCUUAUUACACAACAAACAAUGUCAGACAAAAUGGACACCAGGAAUCUAACAUUCCUUCAGCCAGCCAUCAGUGCUAACAAAUACGGAUUCAAUUGAUCAAAUCAAGAAUCAGCUAAUAAAUAUGUUUGUUUGUAAAUGAGAGGCAGCAAACAAUGGUUUAGAAUGUCUGUGGUUAUUUGAUUGCCAAUAUAUUGAAGAAUGAGACCCUCAAGUGAUUUUGUGGUGCAUAGGGAAGGCAUAUGUGUAUCUGCCCAAUAAUGCAUGCCUACUUACUGUAUGAUGUGUUAGAAGAACAUAUUAUUAAUAUAUACACGCUGUAUAUGAUGUGUGUAUGGUUGUAUUAAAACAUACAAACAACACAUAAACAGAUAAAAAUAAUCAUUUAUACAUGUGAAAACCACCUGUACACAAAACCAUUUAUCAUCAGUGGACAUGGAUAUAGGCCUAUUUAUAAAGAUGUUGACAGAUAACUUGUUGGGGAUAAUGUGCAUACUGUUACAUGUAUGUAUGUCAGUGUAUCACUUAUGGAGAAGAAUACCUUGAAUUCUCAAGAUAGAUGCAUAAUAUUGACACCGACUUCCAAUUUAUUAUCUCUUGAUAACAUUAUCUGAUUAUACGUUACGUACACCAAUUGUACACUUACACAAAUUAGACGAAGGAACACAGUGAUUUAGUCUCAUUCUCUGGUCACAAUGUUUAUUUUAGAUCAUCAUGUUACUUAGUAACGAGUA